AUGGCGGAGACGCAAGAGAAGGAAGUACACCCGGUCGAGGUGCCGGCUGGAGAGUUGGUGGUGGCCAUCGCUGGCUGGCUGGCCCUGCGCGACCUCGGCCGCCUGAGCCUCGCCUGCCGCACCCUGCACGCUCUUCUCGCUCACGAUAGCGUAUGGCACAGGGCUGCGGAGCGCGAGUGGGGCAUUCCGCGCUCGCUCGGCCUGCCGGAGCACCACCCCACCUGGCGCAGCCUGCGGGUGCCGCCGAGUCAGGCAGUGGCUCAUGUAGACGGCGACGAGGACCCGAUGACUGCGCUCGCGCAGUCCGGUCCCUAUCGCGUCGACGAUGCGAUACACGCCAUUACCACCAUCACCUUCUGGUUUAUGAUGGCCGACAUCCGCGAGGUUGACGUCGGCAGGACCCUUCCGCUCGUGAUGCUGCGCAGUGGCGACAAACAGCUGUGCAUCGGCCUGCCCAGCCGCGCCCCCCACCUCAUGAUUGCGACCAACACCCUCGCUCCCGACGACGAGGUGAGCGACUCCGACUCUGACGAGAUCUUCGCGAGACCCCGCAGGACCGCCACCAGGACGUGGGAGUUGAGGGUCGAGACCACGCAGGCCUUCCCCGUGCUCCGGUGGACGCACGUGACGGUCGAGAUCGAGGGCUGGCCCGAGCCGUCACCCCACCUGAAGGCCGCCAGCCCAGCUUCGGACCAACCGCGCCCACGCUUUGCCAUCCGGUUUGGCACCGAGGACCUGGGCACCGACCUCAGCGACCAGCGGUUUAACCCCUGGGAAUGGCGGAGGAGAUCUCGGGUCUUUGUCGACGAUUGCGAGGGCAGCACAAGGAAGAGCCUCAUCCGUGAUGUGCGGAUCUACGACGGUCGACUCCACCAGGAGGACAUCGCUUUCCUAUCGACGAUCGUGCCACCGCUGCCCGAAAACAUGGACGCGAUCGAGGAGACCGUGAUGACAGCCCUUCGAGAAUCGGGUGACGCUUGGCCGCUCGUCGGCCUGCGGUACAACUGCGCCGAGAGCUGCAACUUUGACAUAUGCAAGGCCUGUUAUGAUGCGGGCAUCAAUCCCACCCACCUGCCGGUGUCGCCGCUGCACGAGCUGGACCACGGCUUCCGCGUGCUGCAGACCACCGGGUACUCCGUGCGGCCCUACCUCUGUCCCUCUCCCCUGUACUCCAAGGCCUUGCAUUGA